AUUAUUAUUAUAUAUGUAUUAUAUCAACAACCCACCUCCACUUCACUUUCUAGGUUCAAUAUAAAAGAGAUAAGAUCACUUUGCAUUGUGGCCUCUCUCUCUUCAUCUCUUUCUUCUCUCCUCUGGUUCGUUCAUUCUGGGUUCAACUUCGUUGUUGAAUUCGGAUUUCUGAUUAGAAGAAAUGGAACGUGCUAGACGGCUCGCGAACCGGGCACUCCUCCGCCGUCUUCUCUCAGAUUCAAAGCAUGGCCGUGCUUAUGAAUCCGUUGCUGGUGGCUCUUCUUCAUCCCCUGUACUCUACUCUCCUCCGAGGUAUGUUUCCUCAUUAUCUCCUUCUACCCUUUUCAAUGGUAGAAGGAAUCAAUCUGGAUCUUCUGAUUUUGGAUCUCAAACACGAUCCAUUUCCCUUGAUGCUCUCAAACAGAGCGAUACAUUUCCUCGACGACAUAACUCGGCUACACCUGAUGAUCAGUCUAAAAUGGCCGAGUUCGUUGGAUUUACUUCACUCGAUUCGUUGAUUGACGCAACUGUUCCUAAAUCGAUUCGUCUUGAUUCCAUGAAGUUUUCUAUUUUUGACGAGGGAUUAACCGAGUCUCAAAUGAUUGAUCAUAUGAAAAAAUUAGCUUCUAAAAACAAGGUCUUUAAGUCUUUCAUUGGAAUGGGUUACUAUAAUACAUUCGUUCCUCCUGUUAUCUUGAGGAAUAUCAUGGAGAAUCCUGGUUGGUAUACGCAAUACACACCUUAUCAAGCUGAGAUUUCUCAAGGCCGACUUGAAUCUCUUCUCAAUUAUCAAACCAUGAUUACGGAUCUGACUGGUCUUCCAAUGUCAAACGCUUCUCUACUUGAUGAAGGAACUGCUGCAGCUGAAGCCAUGUCUAUGUGUAACAGUAUUCUCAAAGGGAAGAAGAAGACCUUCAUCAUCGCUUCCAACUGUCACCCUCAAACAAUCGACAUUUGUAAGACUAGAGCAGAUGGGUUUGAUCUCAAAGUUGUUGUUUCAGAUGUUAAAGACAUUGAUUACAAAUCUGGCGAUGUCUGUGGAGUUCUUGUUCAGUAUCCUGGAACUGAAGGUGAGAUAUUGGAUUAUGGAGAGUUUGUGAAAACUGCUCAUGCAAACGGUGUUAAGGUGGUGAUGGCUAGCGAUUUGUUAGCUUUGACGUUGUUGAAGACGCCUGGAGAGUUUGGAGCCGACAUUGUCGUUGGUUCUGCGCAGAGAUUCGGUGUUCCGAUGGGAUAUGGAGGUCCUCACGCUGCAUUCCUGGCAACUUCGCAAGAAUACAAGAGAAUGAUGCCGGGAAGAAUCAUCGGAGUCAGUGUUGAUUCUUCUGGGAAGCAGGCUUUACGUAUGGCUAUGCAGACUAGAGAGCAACAUAUCAGGAGGGACAAAGCCACCAGCAACAUUUGCACUGCCCAGGCUUUGCUAGCGAACAUGGCUGCUAUGUAUGCCGUGUACCAUGGUCCUGAAGGACUCAAGACGAUAGCACAAAGGGUUCAUGGUCUAGCUGCGACUCUGACAGUCGGAUUAUCGAAACUCGGGACAGUUGAAGUCCAACCGCUCCCCUUUUUCGACACUGUGAAGAUCAAGGUUUCUGAUGCUAAAGCGGUUGCUGAAGCUGCGAACAAGAAGGAGAUUAAUCUGCGAAUUUUGGACGAUAAAACAGUAACUGUUGCUUUCGAUGAAACAACAACCUUGGAAGAUGUUGACAAGUUAUUCGAAGUUUUCGCAUCUGGAAAGAAGGUUCCAUUUACUGCUGCAUCUCUUGCACCCGAAGUUCAAUUCGUUAUUCCAUCCGGGCUUGCAAGGAAAAGCCCGUACUUGACGCACCCAAUCUUCAACACGAACCACACAGAACAUGACUUGCUCAGAUACCUUCACAAAUUGCAAUCAAAGGAUCUGUCACUUUGCCACAGUAUGAUUCCUCUUGGUUCUUGCACAAUGAAGCUGAAUGCAACUACUGAGAUGAUGCCGGUUACAUGGCCAAACUUCUCUGACAUUCACCCGUUUGCACCAACCGAACAGGCAGAGGGUUAUCAGGAAAUGUUCAGGGAUUUGGGUGAUUUGCUGUGUACAAUAACUGGAUUUGAUUCGUUCUCUUUGCAACCUAAUGCUGGUGCAGCUGGUGAAUAUGCCGGUCUUAUGGUCAUCCGUGCUUAUCAUCUGGCACGAGGUGACCAUCAUCGUGAUGUGUGUAUUAUCCCUGUCUCUGCACAUGGAACAAAUCCGGCAAGUGCUGCUAUGUGUGGAAUGAAAAUUGUUGCGGUUGGAACUGAUUCUAAGGGUAACAUCAACAUUCCAGAACUGAAGAAGGCUGCUGAAGCCAAUAAAGAUAACUUGUCUGCUCUCAUGGUUACCUAUCCAUCGACUCAUGGAGUUUAUGAAGAAGGCAUCGACGAGAUCUGUAAGAUAAUUCAUGACAAUGGUGGCCAAGUUUACAUGGACGGAGCCAACAUGAAUGCACAGGUUGGGCUGACUAGUCCAGGUUGGAUAGGGGCUGAUGUAUGCCAUCUCAAUCUGCAUAAAACUUUCUGUAUUCCACAUGGAGGAGGUGGACCUGGAAUGGGCCCUAUUGGUGUAAAGAAACACUUGGCUCCCUUUUUGCCAUCUCAUCCUGUGGUGGCAACUGGAGGGAUACCAGCCCCAGACAAUCUUGCGCCACUGGGUACUAUAUCUGCUGCACCAUGGGGUUCAGCGCUUAUUCUACCAAUAUCAUACACCUAUAUCGCCAUGAUGGGAUCCAAGGGGCUCACUGACGCAUCCAAGAUAGCUAUUUUAAAUGCCAACUAUAUGGCAAAACGUUUGGAGGAUCACUACCCAGUUCUCUUUAGAGGUGUCAAUGGAACAGUUGCCCAUGAAUUCAUUGUCGAUCUAAGGGGAUUCAAGACUACUGCUGGAAUAGAGCCAGAAGAUGUAGCCAAACGUCUUAUUGAUUAUGGAUUUCAUGGACCCACUAUGUCAUGGCCUGUGCCUGGCACACUUAUGAUUGAGCCAACCGAAAGUGAGAGUAAGGCAGAGAUGGACAGGUUUUGUGAUGCUAUGAUUUCAAUAAGAGAAGAAAUUGCAGAAAUUGAGAAAGGAAAAGCUGAUGUCCACAACAAUGUCUUAAAGGGUGCUCCUCACCCACCAUCAUUGCUCAUGGCGGACACAUGGAGCAAGCCUUACUCCCGGGACUAUGCAGCCUUCCCUGCUUCCUGGCUCCGAUCUGCCAAAUUUUGGCCCACUACAGGCCGUGUUGACAAUGUGUACGGGGAUCGUAACCUCAUCUGCACCCUUCCUCCGACAGAGGCUGUCGAAGAAGCCAAGGCUGCAACUGCAUGAAAACCUUCUCCGUACCUCCUAGUAUUGCAUUGAAGCUCUUCCCCUCUUCCCCCCAUGGAUUCGAGGCCUUUGCUCUUCAAACUUGUAAAUAGAUGAAAAAAAGAGAAAAAAGAAAAAAGAGAGAAAGGAAACUCAAUAUCUUUGAUGCAUUUCUAUUCAUGUUGCUGCUAAUGACUCUUAAUCAUCUUGAAAUGGGAUGAUCAGCAGCCUCGAAUCACAUUUCCUUGCUUUUAAUGUUGUAAUUAUUAAUACUCAUGUUUCUUAAGUUUUAAUUUUAUUCUCUAAUAAUAGUGUUUGGUUUUUAUUUA